GAAACAACAGCUUUCCUCGCGAAUAGAUCUUGCAUGCAGCUACUGGCAAGAUGGUGCUCCAAGGAACCAAACUGUACUACAAUGCCCUCUUCGCGGGAAGUUUAGGUUUCAUUACAUUCGGAUGGGAUGCUGGUGUUUUAGGGGGGGUGUUGUUGACACCAGAAUUCAUGUCCGCUGUCGGGAAUCCGACAGACACGUACAAGAUAUCGAUGAUUACUUCGACAUUCCUGCUUGCUUCGUGGUUUGGCUGCAUGGUCAUUACAUUCUUCGGUAUUCACCUCGGCCGGAAGAACUGGAUCUUGCUAGGCAACGCUGUCGAGCUUGUUGGAACCAUUAUCUCAGCAUCUUCAUACAGCUACGGACAGUUGAUCGCCGGUAGAGUCUUCAUCGGCAUUGGCAACGGAUUCCUUACUUCGAUGAUUCCGGUCUACAUGGCCGAGAUUGCCACUGAGAAAAAGCUUCGUGGAAGAGGUGUCAACGCAAUGAUUGCAGCUGCUAGUCUUGGGACUGCCCUGGCAUACUGGGUUGACUUUGGCAUGGUGUUUGCCCAUGGAACUCAGGCAGUUUGGAGGUUUCCUGUCGCUUUCCAAGCGUUCUGGGGUGUCUCCACCAUGAUAGCCUUCAUGCGCCUGCCCGAAACUCCUCGAUACUAUUACGCCAAAGGUCAGGUCGAGAAAGCCGAUUCUACUCUCGAGCAAGUUUAUGGUAUGGACUUGACCGAGGGUCGUGUUCAACAAGCCAAAGCGGAAAUUCUUGCUGCCCUGGAACUAGAACUUGCUGCGGCUCCCAGUUUGAAAGUAAUGGACUUCUUCUGGGACAGCUCCAGCAUGCAAGUGGCCCGCCGAAUCCGCACAGGUGUUCUCCUGAUCGGUAUUGCUUACCUCAUGGGUAUCGACAUGAUAUUCUACUACAUGACAACAAUCUUCCAAGUCUACAUCGGGCUGGAACCCUUGACAUCUUCUGGGCUUGCCGGAACAGCAACCACGGUCCUUGCCAUCACCAACUACCUUGGCGUCUACUACAUGGAGAAAUUUGGCCGCCGCACAUGGCUGAUCACCGGGGCUGUAGUCCAGACCAUUUUCAUGGCGACUUUUACAGGUCUCUUGUCGUCUCCAGGCACAAAGACUGGUGCCGCCGCCGCCGCCAUGCUUUUUAUCUGGAUCGCCGUGUUCGGUCCGACUUGGGGUCCUGUCACCUACGUAUAUGCCUCUGAGAUUAUGCCCCUUCGAUACCGUCAUAUUGGAUUUGCUCUCAGCGUGUCGUCCCAGUGGCUCAUGGCUUUUACCACCGUCUUUGCCGGACCUAUCGCAAUUGCUGAUAAGAGUGUUGGAUGGAAGACUUGGAUUUGGUUCUUGGUCUUUAACUUCAUUGCCAUACCCUACGUGUAUUUCUGCUGUCCCGAGACUCGUGGUCGAACCCUAGAAGAGAUUGACCUGAUCUUCAUCACGGACACCUUGAAAGAUACAACCGCCGCGAAGACGUUGGAGCAUGAAGGUCACGAGUCUGAACUAACAUCUGAACUUGACAGUGUCAACGAGAAGACCAUCCAGACUCAAGAGCAAGGAGUAGACGUUGCGAAGUCUGCUGAUAUGGAGGCGCCAAAGGAGGCACCAGAGUCUUCCUCCUAAAUGUUGAAUUGGCCGUGAGAGAGAAAUGGCAAGGCCCGAGGUAACUGGUUGGAAUACAAGCAGUUAGAACAACCAUCAACU